AUGCUCCAUUUCUUUACGAAGUUACUUUCAGAUCAGGCCACUGCGGCCAAAGGUGCUAAUUGUAACAUAACACUGUUUAUAAAGCGCAAGCUAAGCUACACUAUUCUACAAUUCGACAGUCCACAGAAAGGCUCGAGUCAAACAAAAGCUAUCGUCGUUCCAGACUUUGCAAGAGCAUUCGGCCCUUCGUUAUCAUACACAUCCACAUGCAACGGGAACGACGAUGGGAUAACCUUAGUUCUAUUAACAAUUGCAAUUUUUGCAUUAAUUGCUUGUCAGCAAUCCUAUGCUGAUUUGGAUAGCGAGUGGGAGAACUUCAAAAUUCAAUAUGGAAAAGUUUACAAUACCCUUGAAGAAGAAGCUAUUCGUAAAGAAACUUUUGCUAAUACCUUAAAGAAAAUUGAAGAACAUAACAAAAAUUAUGCAAAAGGUCUUUCAACUUUUGAAAUGGGUGUAAAUGAAUUUGCGGAUUUCACUGUUGCUGAAUACAAAGCAAAACUUGAACGUAGUGCUUUUAUGCCAACCAGUGGAUUUGGACGUCGUGAAUUCGCUCAAAACUUUACCGCUCGUGACUUACCAGAAUAUGUUAAUUGGCUUGAAUAUGGUUACAGAAAUCCAGUUUUAAAUCAAGGUGGUUGUGGAAGUUGUUAUACAUUUGCUGCUAUUGCUGCUCUUGAAGGACAAUAUUUCAUUAAACAUGGUCAAUUGAUACAAUUGGCUCAUCAAGAAUUAUUAGAUUGUGGUAAAGAAUAUGGAAAUUAUGGCUGUGGUGGAGGAUUCCAAAGAAACGUUUACAAUUAUAUGUUAGCUCAUGGUUUAGGUCAUGCUGCAAGCAAUCCCUACUUAGGUCGUGAAGAUGUUUGCCGUAGAGGAGAACCACGUAUUAGCAUUAGCACAUUCUUUGAAAUUCCAAGUGGUGAUGAACAAGCAUUAAAACAAGCUGUUGCAACUGUUGGACCAAUUCCAAUUGAUAUGGAUGCUAGUUUAGAUACAUUUAUGCAUUAUAAGAGUGGUGUUUUCUAUGAUUCAAGAUGUAGAACAAAUUGGUUAUCACAUGCUAUCACUAUUGUUGGUUAUGGUACUGAAAAUGGACAAGAUUAUUGGUUAGUUAGAAAUUCAUGGGGUGAUUGGUGGGGAGAUAAUGGUUAUAUUAAAAUGGCUCGUAAUAGAAAUAAUCACUGUGGUGUUGCAACCAGAGCCGUAUAUCCAAUUGUUAAUUAA